AUGACGCUCUCUCCAACUCCAGAAACUCUUUCUUCGUCUCAAUUGCUGUCCUCAUCCAUGUCCUCUCUUUCAAGUUCAACCAGCUCCCGACAAGCCUCGUCGCAGAUCUCCAAGAUAUACCGACAGGCCUCUACUCUCUUUUUAACGCGUCGAUUACCCGAAUCUCUUUCAACAAUCCUACCAGUCAUCACCCCACCCCCCGCAGAAGAUAAUGCCGAGGGGAGCGGGGAAGGAGCACCUAUAGCGAAAGCGUCACGCACAACGCGGAUCAAGGUCUGGAGUUUAUACCUUACGAUUUUAAAUGCAGUAUUAGAACUCGCUCCCGACGAGGGCAAGGCCGCGUUUGGGACCUCCGAAUUCAGGGCACUGGUUAACAAGGUGCGGGAGGGCGAGGUAUGGGAAGAUGUUGUGAGGAAUGGAUAUGGCGGUGUAGAAGGGGAUGUUGACGCUGACGUUGUGAUAAACUUAGCAACAUUGUUAUUAGCUCACGCGAACACGCAAAAGACGAACCAAACGCGACUGGAAAACUACCUAGCAGCCUCGACCUCCCCGAAUCUUAAUAUUGCUGAACGCCUUCAAGCUGUUCCAAAAGGCCGCCGUAGCCCCAUGAAAUCUGGGACCGACACACCCCGGGACCUCAACGCACGGGUCAAGAUCUUAGAACUCUACACACUGCAUGUUCUUCUCCGAAACAACGAAUGGGACUACUCGCGGGAGUUUAUCACUAUGAGCGAGGUUCUAGAUGAAGAGCGCAGGGAGGCAUUCUUACAGGCACUCCAGAGUCUGCAGGAUGAGCAGCUUGAUGCUGAGAGAAGGCAAAGGGAAGAACGAAGGUAUCAGGAAGAGAUGCUGAAGCGCGAGAUCGAAGAGCAGAGAAGGAAACGAGAGCAAGAAGAGAGGGAAAGAAAGUUACAGGAAGAGAAAAGGGAUAGUAGGAAGGGCUCAGAGGUUGAUUACGGCGUUGAGGAUUCGUAUCCUAGUUCCGGGUCUGCCAAAGCUAGGAGUGUUAAAGGGGGGUCUGCAAAGGGCUCAAGAAAUAGACCGCAAUCGCCACCACCUACCACAAGAUCAUCGAAACCGCAAAAGCCGGUCCGGAAAGGGAAAGUCGAACCGACGUUAGGAACAAGGGCUGCAAACAUUCUUGCGAAUCUAAAGAAGGUGCUGGAGAGUAUGGCAGGGGCGCUCAGCACAAACCCGAUGCUGUUGCUACGGACGCUUUGUUUUAUGGUGGCGUUCCUGGUGCUGUUUGGGAGGAGAGAUGUGAGAGAACGUAUCAGAAGGGCUGCGAAUCAGGGUUGGACAAAGGUUCUUCAAACGGCGGGCAUGGGCGUCAAGGUUAGUUACAUCUAG